GUAGGAGUGUCCGGGCUUCACGAUCGGAAGGGGAUAAGGAAGGAGAUGGCCGAAUAGCUACUGCAUUGGCGAGAUUCCUUUUAUUGAACACAUAUUCACAGUUGACAUUGGAAGAGGACUUCUCACAACAUUUCUCUCCUCUUCCACAAUGGCAGAACAAAACGGCAACGUUAGAUAUCAAGAGCUGGUGAAUGAGGAGGAACCGUCCCAGCCGCCCCAGGAGGGUCCAGCCCAGGACGCACCACCACCCUACAGCAGCAUUGCAGCAGCAAAUGCAGCUUUCUUUGAAUACAAGGAAGAUGGAGGAAGAUUUCCAAAUCCUCCAUCCUACAGUGUUGCCACCACUCUGCCCUCCUAUGAUGAAGCUGAGAGAAACAAAGAAGAGGCAGCCGUCCCCCUGGUCCCUGGGAGAGUCACGGAGGACGACUUUGUGGCCCGGGAUGACUUUGAGGACGCUGACCAGCUGCGAAUAGGAAAUGACGGCAUCUUCAUGCUCACCUUCUUCAUGGCAUUCCUCUUCAACUGGAUCGGCUUCUUCCUGUCGUUCUGUUUGACCACAUCAGCCGCCGGCCGAUACGGGGCCAUCUCUGGCUUCGGUCUGUCCCUCAUCAAAUGGGUUCUCAUUGUCAGGUUUUCUACCUACUUCCCUGGUUACUUUGAUGGGCAGUACUGGUUGUGGUGGGUGUUCCUGGCCCUGGGCUUCAUGCUGUUCGUCAGAGGCUUUGUUAACUACUCCAGAGUGCGUAAACUGGCUGAUCCCACCUAUGCCACUCUUCCCCGAACGAGGGUACUCUUCAUCUAUUAGAGGAUGUCGGAUGAGGCAGAACUGGACGUGACCAACACAAGCAGUAACUCUGUGAGGAGUUUCAAAUCUGAAGUGAAGGCACUUAACCAGAAAUCAGCCAGACCAGUUCUAGAUGAAGACAACUCUCAAUAAGAUAUUCAGGAAUUAUAUCACUUGUUUUAUUUUGUUUUGAAACUUUAUAAAUGGAAAAUGGUUAACAGUAAUAUUCCCUCGAUGUAUUCAUUAGUGGCGAAUGUUAAGUGCUAUUUUACAUCUCUGUCUAUAUUGUAUAAGUAAUGCCUUAUAUCAUUUGAUGGUAGAGUACAAGCAUGCAUCUGCCCUUAAGGUCAAUACAUAGGGAGCGUCUCAUGUUGGUGACACUUGAAGCCAACAGGUAUAAGUCAAUACAACAGGUAGAUUUUCCACAGCAUGCAACACACUUUAUAAUCUGCACUAAUCAUAGUUUUAUUGUGACUACUAUGGGCUGUAUUUAGAUACCACAUACACUUUAAAAAAAAGCAAGCUUUCAUUGGGCUGUAAAUGCUGUUUUAGCACAUAUUUCACUCACCUGUUGGCUUUAAGUAGUGUUGCCCUUUUUUCUUUAACCAAGAGGGGGCAGUGUUGUUUGCUGCUUUUAACUUGUGAGAAACUGUUCGUUAGGGGCAUGGUCAUAUUAAAACACACAUGCUUGUGAUUCAAACACAGUGUCAGUAGAGCACAUUAAAAUGACAUCCAUGUAUCAGAAGUUAUGAUUUGCCUGUUAGAUAUUUUGUUGUACAUUAAAUCAGGUGAACUACCAACUCUGGAAAUGUAAUUUAGGUUACAAAUAUGAUUUUUAGAAGCUCCAGUUUGAGCUUUUUUCAUAAUAAACAAGCCAGAAACCAGAUGACCGCAAAUGUCAAAGUGAUAAACCCUGCAGCCUUGAGGGGUUGACAGUGAAGGGAUGCAGAGUUUUUGGGCGGAGGCAGCGACCAAGAGGAUUUUUAUGGGCGUGUGAGCACAUUUUUCUAGUCCAUGUCCUCAAAAAGCUCAUCUAGAUGUAACAGCCUGACCUUUGCACGGCUCUUCAGUGAGUCAGUGGUGUCAGCAUCUCAUUCAUUGUCAGUGGCAAAGCUCUGUGACUUUAUAAAAAAAGAGUCUUGGCUGUCUGGGUUUCUGCUGUUAAUGAUCUCACUCAGACAUUUGGAUCAAAUUAUCUCCGAGCAUAAAAAUAACUCAAAUUCCAUUUUCAGGUAGGUUUUUGCCUUAAGAUUUAAUUGACAGAUGGGGAAAGGGAAAUCUUUCUUUAAAAAUAAUUAAUAAGGUGUAAGUUGUUAGAUAUCUUGUGGGUAUUAAAACUAUAUCAAAGAAUGUUGUAUGCAGGUGCACUUUUAGAAACAUAGCCAAUAAAACCAAGAGGAUGUUCCCAUAAUGGUUUUAGGUCCCAGAGAUAUGAAACAAGGAAUGACUGACACAGUGGUUUCUGUUUUGUAUUCUGGAGGAAAUGGAAUGACAGGAUGAUGCAGUUUUUCAUUAUCUAACCACCGCUAUCAAUGGAAGGAGAUGGAUUUUAGUCUGUUGCCUAAUCGGUUAACUCCAUCCUUCUGCCAUGGCUUUGAUACAGACCCAUUAUGCUUAUUUCUAUGUGAUGUAGAGCUACAACCUUGAGGUUUUGUUGUUAUGAAAAUGUACAGAAAACGUUAAGUGUUAAAUAAAUGUCACUUUUAAUGCGU